GCCACUAUUUAGCCGAAAAGGAACGUUUGUUGCUGCUCUCUUUCAUUCAGCGUCGUUUCGUCAUCGUUUGAUUGAAUAAUCUGCAGUCUAGCAGAAGCUGCACAAUAGUCGUCGCGCGGCGGCUCUCGCGAACCACAAUUAUUACUAUGCACGAGUUGUGUGCAUUCAAUAGUGCGCCUAUAUAAUAUAUCAGCAGUUACACAUAUAAACUCUCUGCGCUCGGCGCGAAAUUGUCAAAACAAAAAGUGCGUGAGUGUGCGGUAGACGACAGUGCGUGUGCGGCGUUAUAAAAGUUUUGAGUUUCGGAGCGCGACGAGCUGCGCUCCGUCGUGCAUACAUUUGAAAGGGUAAACAGGUGGCGGCCAAAAUAAAGCUCACAUUGGCAAGAAAACGCCGGGGCUACGGCCUCGACGUAGUCGAAAAUCAGCCGGAGGAUCGAAACGGCGACAUGAAACUCGAGGUGCUCGGCGGCACUGGCCUCCUCGGCCAACUGCAACGUCAACAGCAGCAGCAGCAGCAACAACAACAGCAGCAACAGCAACGGCCACAGUCUAAUCAGCAGCAGCCCUUCGGAGUGAUCACGUCGGUGGGCAGCAUCGGUAACGGAAAAUCGGGCCUACUCUCGUCCGUCGUCUCGAAUUACGAUGAGAACCCCGGCAGCAAUCAGAGCUCGUCGGACGAGAGCAGCAGCAUCGCCUCGGCGAGCAACUCCAACGGAUCGUCGUUCGAGUCGGCCGGCUCCUCGUCCCUGCUGUCGGCCAAGCUGGGUGGAAAGGCCAACCGGAGCUUUCUCGCCAUCAACAAUCUCGUGCCGUCGUACUCGGCCGCCUGCACGACCAUCGUAUCGUCGUUCGACGGCAUUCACAGCGGCGUACCGACGCGCACCACGCCGACCCUGACGCCCACGACACUGCGAUCCAUCGAGCAGACGUUUUUGGAGUUGACGGGGGACACGUCGGUGAUCAGUCACGGUCGAGAGGCAGGUUUCGUACCGCCGUUGGUCGAGCCCUCGCAACCAAUCGCGGCACAGACCCAAAACCUCUCCAUCGAGACGCAAAACAACGAUCCAGAACAGCAGCACCACCAGCACCACCAGCAGCAACAACAAGUCACCCUGCAGCAACAACAAAUAAUCGAGCUGCCGCCGCAAACGAAUCAACCUCAGUCUGUUCAACAGCUGGAGGUUCAAACACAACAGCAGCCGCAACAGCAGAAACGAAACAUGGGUGGCAGACGACCGACCAAGUCCGUGGGUAUCACGCCCGAGGAAGAGGAGCGCCGACAGCUCCGACGCGAACGAAAUAAAAUGGCGGCUGCGCGUUGUCGCAAACGUCGCAUGGAUCACACGAAUCAACUGCUUGGGGAAACGGAAGAACUGGAAGCAAAACAACAGAACCUCAAGGAUGAAAUAGCUGAACUCAUAAAGACCAAGGGAGAUUUAGAAAUGAUGCUCGAAGGUCAUCAAGGCUUCUGUCGAAUGACGGCAGCUUCGCCACCAGAUAUCAAACCAAAUAUCAAUGAUUCCAUUCACGGAUCGGAUAAUGCGUUGCCUUCGGUCGAGGAAUUCGGCGAUCUGUCCUGUAAAUUACAAAAUCAAGGCCAAGACGAGCAGCAGAUGAGCGGAAUGCGACCAAAUCGGCCGAAUUCCUUGCCAGUAUUUGACCCCGUCAAUCGGCCCAACUCCUUGCCGAUGUUCACCGAGCCAAAGCCACGACCCUCGAGUCUGCAAUUCAAACAGGUGGAAACGCCGACCUUCAUGAAAACGGCGAGCGAAGUCGCGGGCAUACCGAUCACGACGCCGUCGGCGGGCAUACCCUUCAAUUUCGACUCGUUAAUGGAGGGCGGCACAGGACUGACGCCUGUAUCGAUAUCCACACCGCUCAUACCCACGUGCUCCAGUCAGCAAAGGCAAAACAUCAUCGCCACGGCCACGACCAGUCACAGCAAUCUAUCGGCCGUCGACCUGAGCUCCCCUUGCGAUCCCAAUGCGCCCAAGCUUGUCAGCUUGUGACAUAUGCAGGAUUACCUCGUGCCCGUCGGGGCUGUUGAUUAUGAGUCACCCGAGGAAAACUAUUGAUUAUUCUCGUCGACCAGUUGUUUUGAAUAUUAUCGAUAUUAGUCCACGUCUGAUGUAUGUUUAAGUUUGUUUUUUUUUGCAUUAUUCAAGCGCGCAGUAUUUUGUUCAAAGCGCGAGAAGAUAUUUUUUUUUAUGUAUGAUAGAUGAUGCCAAUUUAUUGAGCGAAUAAUGGAGUGAAAUAGUGAGCGACGUUUUUUAUCAAUUUUUUUCAUGCGUUACCUCUUGCACCAGUGUACGUAGAGCAAUGUGGUCAUUUUUUAUCGUACUAAAAUCUGCCCUUAAAAAUAUUUGUAAGCCAGAAUCGAGAUAUAAGGGAUAGAUUUUUAAGUAAGAUAAAGUAGUGAUAAUUAAGAUAGGUAAUUAUAAUCAGCUCUAGUGAGUGCUAUAUCAUUAAUAAUUGUAAUGUCAAUUUUUUAAGCGAAUUUUUAUAUUUUUUAAUUAAAAAAAAUAAAUUACGAAAUAACGUUUAUACGAAGGUGCAAAUUUGAAAUAAAUGAAAAAUCUAGAUAAAAUCGAUCGUAAAUUAAUUUUAAGUUGAUUCAAUUUUUAAGUACUCUAUAGAUGAAUCAUGUACCAAACGAAAGGGUAUGAUGAAAAGAAAUAUUUUAUUUAUUUGCAAUUUUGCAAAUUUGAAUUAGAAAUUAUUCUGAUUAUCUCUAUAUACUUAAUCUGAAUAUUUUUAUAAUUUAAAAAUGACCUAAUUCUAUAACGGAACGAAUUAUAAAUGUAUGUAUGCGUUGUAAUCCAUCCAUGCAUAUUUAUGUACACGAAAUAAGUGAUUGUAAUAUAAACAAAUAUUUAUAUUUUAUAACUCACGAAAAUUUUUGCAUAACCAUGAGAGCAAUAUUAUUCUAAAUUAUGUAUGUAUUUUUAUUCAACGUGCAUGAAAUUUGUACGCUUGAUUUUGCUGUGACCGGCACACGUUAAUGAAAAUGUCAUAUCUGAAAAAUUACAACGAAUUAAUUUAUAUUAUAUUUCCGACUAUUACUUGCGAGACAUCGAUGAUCUUCAAUUUGACCAUUUUUCAUUAGUAUCAAUGAAAAAAUUUUGUAUAGGCUUUACUUUUUUACCAAAAAUCAUGUACACUAUAGACAUCGAACAUCGCUCUAAUUUAAGCGAAGUGUCAUAGAAUCUGCAAUAUAUCUUAUUAAAUUCAAGAGGCCAAUAAAGUGACUUGAAUGUAGA